UCUGCCCGUCGCCACUCCCUCCCCCUCUUCUCACCCCUUUGCCCCGUCACACCUCCCCCUCCUUCUCCCUUGCUUCUCCUUCCAGUCUGGUUCUUCUGUUGUGCGGUUGGCUUUGGUGAGGGAGCUAGGGGAGGGAUCUCGCGAUUGUUGGACUUUUUUUUUUUCUGGGGGGGAGAGUUAUUUUGGAAGAUGGCGCCCGUUGUUACGGGGAAGUUUGGUGAGCGACCUCAGCGUUUGACAAGGGAGGCUAUGAGGAAUUACUUGAAGGACAAAAAUGAUCAAACAGUGCUCAUACUACAUGCAAAAGUUGCACAAAAGUCAUACGGCAAUGAAAAAAGGUUUUUCUGCCCUCCACCUUGUGUGUACCUGAUGGGCAGUGGCUGGAAAAAGAAGUUGGAGAACAUGGAGAAGGAGGGGUGCACAGAGCAGGAGGCCCAGCCAUGUGCUUUCAUCGGGAUAGGCAACAGUGAGCAGGAGAUGCAGCAACUCAAUCUGGAGGGAAAGCAUUUCUGCACGGCUAAGACACUGUAUAUCAGUGACUCAGAUAAAAGGAAACACUUCAUGCUGUCUGUGAAGAUGUUGUACGGGAACAGCGACAACAUAGGAGUCUUCCUCAGCAAGAGGAUCAAGGUCAUCUCCAAGCCCUCGAAGAAGAAACAGUCUUUGAAAAAUGCAGAUUUGUGUAUAGCUUCAGGGACCAAGGUGGCGUUGUUUAACCGUCUGCGUUCCCAGACUGUCAGUACCAGGUAUCUUCAUGUGGAGGGGGGAAACUUUCUCGCCAGCUCCCAACAGUGGGGAGCCUUCUACAUCCACCUCUUGGACGAGGAGGAGUCAGAGGGAGAGGAGUUUGCUGUGAGAGAUGGCUAUAUUCACUAUGGCCAGACGGUCAAAUUGGUCUGUUCUGUUACUGGCAUGGCCCUGCCCAGACUGGUCAUUCGCAAAGUGGACAAGCAGACAGCAUUAAUGGACGCAGAUGACCCGGUGUCCCAGCUUCACAAGUGUGCCUUCUACCUGAAAGAUACAGACAAAAUGUAUCUCUGUCUCUCUCAGGAGAGGAUCAUCCAGUUUCAGGCCACACAGUGCUCCAAAGAGACAAACAAGGAGAAUGUAAACGAUGGGGCUUCCUGGACUAUCAUUAGCACUGACAAGGCAGAGUACACCUUUUACGAGGGAAUGGGACCGGUCCCAACACCAGUCACACCUGUCCCUGUGGUGGAAACUUUGCAGUUAAACGGGGGAGGAGAUGUGGCGAUGUUGGAGCUGACGGGACAGAACUUCACCCCCAAGCUCAGAGUGUGGUUUGGAGAUGUGGAGGCUGACACCAUGUACAGAUGUGGAGAGAGCGUCCUGUGUGUGGUGCCGGACAUUUCUGCCUUCAGGGAGGGCUGGCGCUGGGUGAGACAGCCGGUACAGGUCCCUGUCACACUUGUCCGCAAUGAUGGAGUCAUCUACUCCACUGCCCUCACCUUCACCUACACCCCUGAACCUGGGCCCAGACCCCACUGCGGUGCUGCUGGGGCUAUUCUGCGGACACAUAGCACCUCUUCAUCAUCACCAGCAUCUUCAUCUUCCCCAUCAUCCUCGUUGGGCGGGCUCGGGGAAGGCCAGGGGGCUUACAACAGUAGUGACUCAGUGUCGUCAGGGGCGUCGACCAUGUCGCUACUGUCAUAGUAAAUCUGGUUCUGUUUGUGUGCCGUUUGUGCUUUGAGCGGCUGAGAGAGAGUGUGCUUUGUACUUUUGAGCCAGAAUGGCUCAUGGACCUGUUAAGAAUUGCACACAGACUCAGAAACUCUUCAUCAGAGAGCAACUGUGAUCAUCGGGAAAGCUGAAGAAAGAUGGGAAAAAAAGCAAGGGUAAAGAGAAGACUGAAAUCUCUCUUUAGCUCCCUCUACUGGUUUGUUUCGGACCUUUCAAAAGUUACACUCAAAGGACCUCGAUAUUCAAGAUCUUCAGCUAAGAAAAUAAAAAUGUCUCAUGUUACCACUCUCACAACAACCGGAUUUGUACAAGAAACAAUAAUUUAGUUUUUUUAUUCGCCUAUGGGAAGCUAUUUUACCUGUGCUCUCUUUCUACUGAGGUCAAGUUUUUGCGUGAAAGGUCUUGUUGAUUCAUCUGCUGUUUGCAAGGGAAACAUUUGUUGUAAAAGUAACAUAGUUUUUACGGACCAAGGAAUAUUAUUAUAUUAUUUUAUUCAUAUUAUAUUUUAUAAACUUUUGCCGAGGUACAUUUGACUUUUCUUUUUUUUAUGAUAUUGCAUAGUAAGUUCACUUUUGUUACCAAAUAGAUUUUUUUCAUGUUGACUCCUUUUUGAGUUUUGUCUAAAUCUUUAGCUCACUGCGUGUUAUCAAGUUCAAAAACCUUCCCCAACUUUUUAUUAAAGUUGUCAUUUUUGGUAAGUGUAGUGUAUGUGUAAACUGUCAGUGUAUUCUGGGAAACCUGUACUUCCAAUCAGCUGUUUUUGUAUCAGAGUGCUUUGGACUGAGGUCUAAACACAAUCAGUUCUCUUUCUGUUAUAGCUAUGAACACAGCAGUACUUUGUUAUGUACAGUAGUGGAUCCUUUAAACAAAGUACAGAGUUUCUUUUAUGUCAAACAACAAAGAAAGGAGGACAAAAAUAGUAUCUGACUAGUCAUGUUAAAGAUUUAUUUCUCUCAUAGGGUUGGCCUUACUUUUCCUUUUGAGUUUGUGCUUAUGUGUUGGAAGAAGAGCUUUAACAUUGUUGCUUUGUAGCACUGUCUUCAAACAUGAACCAAUCUUUUGAACUUCGUCAAACCUGGUUUUGUGAAAUAAUGCACCUGACUGCAUCUGCACUAAAGCUCAAUUUAAUACAAUCAGCAGUGGUUGAGCUUUAGUUCUUAUGUGAUGAGGGAAUGACUUGUACAGAGUUAAACACCUAAGUGGUUCUUCCUUCACCUAGCUUGUUCACCAUGUUGAUUUAAAAAAAAAAACAACUUUGAACUGACUUACUGAACUAGUUGGGAAUGAUAAGAAGUCCUUGCCUUAAAAAAAACACAAAACUACAGAAUUUGUCUUGCCUUUAGUUCUCACACAAAAUCCUGAUUUGUAUCAGGCUUUUUUUGUCAUAAGUUCCAGAAUUCAAGUAAAUGUGGUAGGUUGACCAGCUCACUGCCAUCGCAAUGACGUACAUCGCUUGAUUCUUUGCAUGCCAGUUUAAGCAUAAAAAGUAAGUUUAUGGUUAUCAAGUUCCAUCUAAUCAAAAAUCUCCAUUUGAUUUGGUGCUCUCCGUAAACAACAGUCAGAUUGAUGCACCAUCUCUUGAUUUGAUUCGGUUACAUCACCAAGUUGUUUAUUCUUUCAUUUCGAUGUUGUCACACUUGAUACAAUCUCUGCUCAUUCCAAAUUAUUGAAUCAUUGGUCACCGGAUCCUUAAUCUGCCCUGUUUGUUUUCUCCCUACUGUGCCUUACGCUAAUGUUUCUGGCAGUCAAGUCCCAAAGUACUAUCUACGAGGCCAGGUGUGAUGUAACUGUGAACUAGCAUGGUAAAUCACCCGUCAACAUGUUAUACUGGCAGCUUUAUGAGUAUUUCCAUGGCUUUUUCGUUUAUUGAAAAAGUGUCUUUACUCUAAUCCUUCCUUUGAUUUCCACUGCUCUUUCCCUCUACGAUCAUCCCGCCAUAGUUUUAGUCAUGGUGUGUUAGUCUUUUUCAUAAGUAACUAAAUCUGACAAGGUUUCUUAGUAAAAGGUCAUGAAUAAAAACAAGCUGAAGCUGAAUAUCA